AUGGCUUCCAACGGUCAGGUCGUGUCAAACUCGCUUGACCCUAGUGGUACAAGGAGCUCUGGGAGCUUUCCUCAAGAUGGAACUGGCGUCGUCAAGCUCGAUCCUUGGCUUGAACCCUUUAGCGAAGCCCUCAAACGACGAUAUUCCAAAGCCCAGGAAUGGAUCGUCAACAUCGACGAGACCGAGGGUGGCUUAUCCAGGUUCUCCAAGGGAUACGACAAGUUUGGCUUCAAUGUCGAUGCCCAGAACAACAUACAUUACCGUGAAUGGGCUCCCAACGCUCAGCAGGCCUAUCUCAUCGGAGACUUCAACUCCUGGAACCGCGAAUCCCACCCAAUGACCAAGGACUCUUUCGGCAGCUUCGACAUCGAUAUCCCCGCAGUCGAUGGCAAACCAGGAAUCCCCCACAACUCCAAGGUCAAGAUUUCCCUUGUUCUCCCCAGUGGUGAGAGAGUCGACCGUCUCCCUGCAUGGAUCAAGUAUGUCACCCAGGACUUGUCGGUCUCUCCCGCCUACGACGCCCAUUUUUGGAACCCGCCGCAGGAAGAAAAAUAUGAGUUCAAGCAUGCUCGCCCCAAGCGCCCGGCCAGCGCUCGCGUAUACGAGGCUCACGUUGGAAUUUCGACGUCCGAGCAACGCGUAGCGACUUACAAGGAGUUCACCAAAGGCAUGCUCCCCAGGAUCAAGGAUUUAGGAUACAAUGUCAUCCAACUCAUGGCCGUCAUGGAGCACGCCUAUUACGCCAGCUUUGGCUACCAGGUCAACAACUUUUUCGCCGCCAGCAGCCGGUACGGAACACCAGAGGACCUGAAAGAGCUCAUAGACACGGCCCACAGUUUGGGGAUAGUCGUCCUCCUCGACAUGGUUCACAGCCAUGCCUCCAAAAAUGUUUUGGACGGCAUCAACGAGUUUGACGGAACAGAUCACCAAUACUUCCACGCCGGCGGCAGAGGUCGACACGACCAGUGGGAUAGCAGGCUGUUCAAUUAUGGCAGUCAUGAGGUCCUGCGAUUCCUCCUCAGCAACCUACGCUUCUGGAUGGAGGAGUACCAGUUUGACGGCUUCCGUUUUGACGGCGUGACGAGCAUGCUAUACCGCCACCACGGAAUGGGCUUUGGAUUCUCUGGCGGCUAUCACGAGUACUUUGGCCCCGACGUAGACGAGGAGGCUGUGGUGUAUAUGAUGCUCGCAAAUGAGCUCCUGCACUCGCUCUUCCCAGAGUGCAUCACCAUUGCAGAGGACGUGUCGGGGAUGCCGGCCCUGUGUCUUCCCCUCUCGCUCGGUGGUGUGGGAUUCGACUACCGUCUCGCCAUGGCUGUUCCGGACAUGUGGAUCAAGAUUUUAAAGGAAGUCAAGGACGAGGAAUGGGACAUUGGCAAUAUUUGCUUUACCCUUGUAAACCGUCGUCAUGGAGAGAAGACGAUUGCCUAUUCCGAGAGCCACGAUCAAGCACUUGUUGGUGACAAGACACUGAUGAUGCACCUCUGCGAUGCGGAACUAUACACCAACAUGUCGGUGCUGACGCCGCUGACGCCUGUAAUUGAACGCGGCAUGGCGCUGCACAAGAUGAUUCGGUUCGUGACGCACGCACUCGGUGGCGAAGGUUACCUCAAUUUUGAGGGCAACGAGUUUGGACAUCCUGAGUGGCUCGAUUUCCCACGCGAAGGCAACAACAAUUCCUUUUGGUACGCACGCCGCCAGCUCAACCUGACGGAAGAUGAGCUCCUCCGAUACCGAUUCCUGAACAACUUCGACCGCGAAAUGAAUCUCUGCGAAGAAAAAUACGGCUGGCUCCACGCAUCGCAGGCUUACAUUUCUCUCAAGCACGAGGGUGACAAGGUGAUUGUAUUUGAGAGGGCAGGCAUCGUGUUCGCGUUCAACUUCCACCCGACUGAGAGCUUUACCGAUUACCGCAUUGGCGUUGACAGAGCGGGCACGUACCGCGUCGCGCUGGACACUGAUCGUAAAGAGUUUGGGGGGUUCAACCGCAUCGACAGCAGCACGCGCUUCUUUACGACGCCUAUGGAAUGGAACGGUCGCCAAAACUGGACGCAGGUGUAUCUGCCCAACCGCACUGCCAUCGUCUUGGCUCUUGAAGAGACCUUUUCCUAA